AAUGGAAAAGUAUUGUUGUUAUCGGUGUAUUUAGUCAUUUCAAAUUUAUGAUAAACUCAUAUUCGAUUUAUGUACAUUACACUAUUUCUUUUCAUAAUCUAUAUACAUUGUAUUUAUUUUCUUCCAUAAAAGGAUCUUUACCAAAAAUGCCGAUCACCCAAUUUGAACCUACUUUAUAUGGCAUUAAGAUCAUAAAACAAGCCACACAGACAAAAAAAGAAAAAAAGAAAAAUAGUGGUACACAUAAAAAGAAUUGAAACCAUUUACCACACGACAAAACCAAAUAUAGAUAAGGAGUAAAGCCAACCAUAUACGCCAUGUAGUUAUUUUCCAAUUCACAUAUCCUUUAUUUUGUUUUUAUUUUUAUUUUCUCCAUAUAUCACAACACGAACUUUUUUUUGGGUUUGGUCAAACAACUAUCUAUUUCCAGGAAUUUGCAUUCAAGGCCAUAUGCCCAAGAGUAUUUAUAUAUAAGGGGGUGCAAACACAUAGAGAAGCACAAGUAGACUGUGAGCUUCUUCUCUCUGAGUGUGCAACUGUUUUCUCUCUUUCUCUGGGUAUAGUGAUCACAAAGUAAAAGAGCAGAGUUUGGUAUACAAUCAUGUUGGGUUUGGUUGUGGGAGUUGGAAGGGAGCUUGGUUCCUCCAUGUGGAUGGUCCUUUUGUGCAGCCUUGGUGCUCUUGUGGCCCUCAAAUGGCUUCUGCAGAAUGCAAAUUCCUGGUACUAUGAAACUCCGCUGGGUGAAAAGAAGCACUCUCUCCCUCCUGGUGACUUGGGCUGGCCUUUCAUUGGCAACAUGUGGUCUUUUCUCAAAGCUUUCAAGUCCUCCAACCCUGAAGCCUUCCUCAACUCCAUGGUUUCCAGGUUUGGUCGUACUGGAAUCUACAAAACUUUCAUGUUUGGGAGCCCAAGUAUCAUCGUUACAACGCCUGAAGCAAGUAAAAAAGUUUUGACAGAUGAUGAUGCAUUUAAACCCGGGUGGCCUAUUUCCACAGAGGAACUAAUUGGAAAGAACUCAUUCACUAGUAUAUCUUUUGAAGAACACAAACGUCUACGAAAGCUAACAGCAGCUCCAGUCAAUGGUUAUGAAGCAUUGUCCGUGUACACGACGUAUAUCGAAGAGAGGGUCAUAUCAUCUUUGGAGAAAUGGUCCAAAAUGGGAGAAAUAGAGUUCUUAACUCAACUCAGAAAGCUUACUUUCAGGAUUAUCAUGUACAUCUUUCUGAGCUCAGAGAGCGAGCCAGUCAUGGAGGCUCUGGAGAAGGAAUAUACAAUUCUUAACUAUGGAGUUAGAGCCAUGGCAAUCAAUCUUCCGGGAUUUGCAUACCAUAAAGCACUUAAGGCUCGGAAAAAUCUUGUCUCUACAUUUCAAUCCAUCGUGGACGACCGAAGAGCUCAAAGGAAGGCCGGAAACUACGUCGCAAAGAAGAAAGAUAUGAUGGAUGCUCUGCUAGAUGUUGUUGAUGACGAUGGAAGAAAACUUACAGAUGCGGAAAUUAUAGAUGUUCUGUUAAUGUACUUGAAUGCAGGCCAUGAAUCUUCUGGCCAUACAAUGAUGUGGGCCGCCGUUUUCCUACAAAAACACCCAAAAAUUUUCCAGAAAGCUAAGGCAGAGCAAGAAGAGAUUGUAAAAAGGAGGCCACCAACACAGAAGGGCAUGGCGUUUAAGGAAUAUCGCGAAAUGGAGUAUCUUUCCCAGGUGAUUGAUGAAACUCUGCGUGUCGUAACAUUCUCCCUUACCGUGUUUCGAGAGGCAAAGAAAGAUGUCAAUAUAAACGGUUAUAGCGUUCCUAAGGGCUGGAAAGUUUUGGUCUGGUUCAGGAGCAUUCACUAUGAUUCUGAAAUAUAUCCAAAUCCAAUGGAAUUCAACCCUGAUCGAUGGGAUAACUACACACCCAAACCCUUAACUUUUCUUCCCUUUGGAGCUGGAAGCCGGCUGUGCCCCGGAAAUGAUCUUGCUAAGCUGGAAAUCGCUAUCUUCCUUCACCAUUUCCUCCUUAACUAUAAGAUGGAACGUACUAAUCCGGACGGCCCAUUGAUGUACUUGCCACACACUAGGCCAAAAGACAAUUGCUUGGCAAGAAUCAAGAAAAUUGGAUCUGCAUAGACAUGAGAGGAGAAGUGAAGAAGAAAACACAGAAUGUACUUAAUAUCAAAGGUUAUGAAAACCCAGAGUUUGUGUCUGCCUUAUAUAUUAGCUUUUAGGUUCUAAGUUCUUGGUUGGCAAGUUUUGAACUUUGAUCUGCCCAUCAAUUACCAGACUGGAAUGGAAAUGUGGUUGACUAACAGGGUCAGGUCCCCGGCCCUAACGCGGAGACGGGCCGGGUAUGAUAUUGUUAUCCCCAUCUCCGAA